UGCAAGUUGUGAAGUAGUAGUGCCUAUGGGAAUCCCCUUUUAUUAUUGUGCCCUGAGUUACUUUGGCGAGUUACUUGGGACGUGUUAAAUAUUGCUAGAUUUUUAAAUUGAUGCACAUAAGUCUUUUGGAAAUGCAAUACUGCAUUAGUUACGAAGAACAAACUUUCUGUACCUAAUUUCGCAGUGAGAAAUAAAGGUCACUACAUGGAUUUUGGUCUAAGCUCAGUUUGGUUAUAAGAUCGGAUAACUACCAACAACCCGCAGUUGUAUCCGAACGCCGCAGUACGAUGGAGUCAGGACAGAAGACCAAAUUGUUACAAGUGUAUCCAAACACGCUGGAUAAGGUCCGCAAGGAGAUUAACUUGGGCAAACCGGGUGAAAUGGAGCAGGCGGUAAAGCUGGUCAAGGAGUGGAUUCAGCAGCAGCCGCAUUUCAAGAAAAAGGAUUUCACCGACACAUACAUCGAAGCGAACAUAGUAGCGAGCAAGGGGUCCAUCGAACGCGCCAAGAGAGUCAUCGACAAGGCCUGCACUAUGAGAACAUUAUGGCCACAUUUCUUCAAUUUAAAAGACAUUAGAACAGAUUAUGCUGAAAUACAUGAUAUUGGGUCUCUUGCCAUCAUGCCAGUUCUCACCAAGGAACACCACAGGAUCGUGUACAUCUCCUUUAACAAACCAAUAACCAAAUCAUCUCAAAUAAUGCAACAUUACAAAUUUGGAUGUUGUAUAGUGGAUUCCUUACGAAGAUUUGAUGUUGUUGGCAAUAUUCAAUACAUCCUGGACAUGAGACAGGCCAAUAUGGCAGAUUUUUUAACUUCCUUUAAUUUAAUGGAAUUUCGACAAGCGUAUUCUAUUUUUAUUGAUUGUUACAGCUUCCGAAUAAAAGGUAUUCACGUUAUUUCACCUUCGAAACUAGUGGAGAGCUUUAUUGGAAUUUUGAAGCAAAUAUUAAAGCCCAAGUUGAUAUCUCGUCUGCACCACUAUCCCGACAGUGACGCGCUGGUCAAGAUCCUGGGCAAGGAAUACCUGCCUUCAGAUGCCGGCGGAGAUCAGAAAUCUGCUAAAGAAAUCCAAGAGGAUUGGAUUGAGGCAUUGAGUUCUAAGGACAACAUGGAAUAUUUGCGUGACAUUAACGAAGGAGGAACCGAUGAAAACCUGCGGCAAAAGUCCAGCUUCAAUGAGGACUACGCGGGAAUGCCCGGCAGUUUUCGACUACUGAGUGUUGAUUAGAUUUCCUUACAGUACCUACAUCCUGCAAUUUAAUAAAAUUGUACAAUAAUGUUUUUGUGUUUACGUGUUUUUGUUCGCGGUAAAUGUGAUUUAGCUUUUAAUAAAGUGUGUAAUUUAUUAUAA